UUAUACUAGGAUAAUAUCUUAAAUAUAACAAAAUGUGUGGUUGAAGACAUUCAAUUCUAUGCUUACUGGAUGAUACACUGAUUUGGAAAUUCUAUAACCUGUCAAAGAAGAGGAAAGCUGGAGCUCAAGUUUUAUUCUGAAGAGGAUUUCAAAUGAUGCUUUUCAUGGAGGUGGUAAUCACAUGACUGAAAAGUAACAGAAAAAAAUAAUAAAAAAAAACAUCAAUAAUGAAUCAUCUCGCUCCAGCUCCAACUUUACAACAUUAUACAGCCUUUCGUACGGAUGAUGAUAUUCAAGGGGCCGUAACUCAAUUUUUGGAGGAUGAGUCUCAUGUACUUCAAGGAAAAACCAUACAUGAAGGUAUUGAUGAGAUUUCCCAAUGGCUUGGGAGCAUGAUACAGCAAGAAAGAGAAGGCUGGGCCUAUAAAAUCAAAAUGUCAAUGCAAGAAAUAGAAAACCAUCGCAGGGAAGCUCUCAAAGUACAAAGUGUAAUUCAAGAUUGUGCUCGGCAACUUCAUCUUAUAUCUGAAUGCUGUAACAUGGACACCAAAACACUGGCAGACAUUGAACAGGAAGAAGCAAAAAAGGCUCUGCCAAUGUAUAUAGAGUGUGUUACUGACCUCAUUAAUUCGUUAGUAGAGGACCGUCUGGAAUGUCUUCAAGUCUUACAUAUAAAAUAUAACGAUGGGUCGUCUAUCUGCAAGAUGUUGAAAUCGUAUAUACAAGAAACUCAAAUGAAUGCAGAUAACACUAGAAUUGAUCUGACCAUGAGAAUGGAAGCACUAGAACAGAAAAAUAAGGAACUGACCAGUGAGGUUAGGAAACUUCAGAAGCAGGUUAAUAACAAACAGCAAGAUCUGGAUAGACUUACAAACAUUUUACAAUCUGUCACAGAGGAAAAAAUACUAGGUAAAAAAGGCGGGAAACAUAACGGCUAUUCUGAGACAAUGUUCCCAAAUAUUUAUGACCGUGCAAGUUCACCAAGCUCGAUUAGAAGUUAUGCUUCUUCAAGAGAUGAUAAGGACAUUAAAAUAACCAAAGAGAAACUGAAAAAAAUCAAACAUAGUGCCAAAAAGUUAGAAAAUUCAUUACAAGAUGCUUUGUCACAAAUUGACCAGUUUCGUAAAGGUUCUGAAUCAACAAUGAAAUACAGUCAUGCAUCAAUGAUUGCACAUAAUAUGAAAAUAAGGCCACUUCUGGCAAGGACAGCAAGUUCUUCUGAUACAGAGUCAAUGAGGGAUGGAAACACGACAACUCGUCGACAGCUUCCACAACCACCAAUUCAAACUAACGAUAACCAAGAAUUAGAGGUCAGUGCACAUACAAAUGUCUUACAAACACCAGGCAAAGAGGCAGGCAAAGAGAAUGAAAGACCACCUCCACCAAUAAAAUCAAAACAACAAUCAAAAAGCAAACGAAGAUAUCAAGAUAGUAUUGUAUCCCGAGGAAGUGGUGACGGUUCAGUACAACUAAGGAGUGACAAGACUAACAGCAACCACUCAUGCACAUUCAGAACAUUGGUUCGAUCGCUGGACGAGAUAAGAACCAGAAAGUCAUAUAAAAAAGGUGGGAAAGUUUCUAAAUGUUUACGAUGCCAAAAAUUGUUUACUCUGAAUGACAAUCAUAAAAAAGCCUGUCGAUAUCACUCACGAAAUAAAGAGAGGCGUGAGGAGUAUACAAACAAAGGGAAGUUAUCCAGGGUGAACUAUGUAUGGCAGUGUUGCCAUCAAGGGGGAGAUAACCCAGGUUGUUGCUAUGGACACCAUUUAUAAAAAUGGACAAAUUAAUAAUUUCCAACAAUUGAAUGCAAACUUUAAAAAGGGCUGCAUUAUGAAACAUUUCUAUGCAAUCUACGCAGCGUAAUGAAAUUGACUGGGAUAAACUGAGGUUGACAUUUUUUCUGUUCAUUCAUUCUUUUGCAAUUUCACCUGAAUGUUAUUGUAAAAACACCCAUUGCAAUCAUUUCUUAGAAAAUCUGUUUGGUUAUGGGCAUCAAAUUGCAGUCAUUAUUUUUUUCUAAUAAUAAAACUCUAGUUAAUUGUAAUUCUAGAUUUAGAUUACUGGCAGUUUGAACCCUGCUCAUGAUGAGGCUGUCAGUUUUUCUGCCAAUAAUUGGUGGUUUUCUCUGAGUAUUCCUCAACUUUCUCCAACUAUAAAAACUAAUUGCCAUGAUGAUAGCCAAGUUAACUGGCAGUGGAUUUUAACACCAACAAAUAUACAAGCAUACCAUCUCUUGUUUCUGGAAAUUGAUUAUUCAUAUAAAAAUUUAAUAAGGGUUUACCUUAAGACUAUGAAAAUGCAUUUAUAAUUUUUUUUAAAAAUAUUUUUCAAUAAAACUGUCCUCAAAAUUAGAGAGCAUUUUGCAAAAUAAGUGAAUAUCCGCCAUUUAUUAGAUUAUAUAAAUAUUGGGCAGUAUUUAUACCGUAAAUUAACUAGAUUUAAUUUAUUAUGACAAAAGAAUUUAUUUAACAUCAUUGAAGUAAAUAAUAAUACAAACAUAUCUGAGUUCAUCACAAUGUUUGUGUAUAUUUUUGUUAUUAUUUAUUAAGUGUGCCAAUUAAAUGUUGAAUUUUGUCAAAUGUU